AUGAGUGGCCUGGAUGCAGCUGCAGGCAUUGCUGGCCUGUUGACCCUGUCCUUUGCCUGUGUGCAAGGUUGCAUCAAAGGGUUUACCCUGCUACGUCGGGCGCGCAGCCAUGACCGUGAUGUGGCGGUCGUGAGCCUCAUGAUCGAGCUCGAACAGCACAAAUUUCAGACCUGGGCCGAAGAAGCUGGUUUGUUUGAGGAUCCGCCAGACCUACGGGUGCAUGCCCGAGAUGCUCGCUAUGUACCAAAGAUUUUGGAUCAAUUGCGGAGACUACUGCUUGAUGUGAAUGGACUCAGGAAAAGAUACAACCUGGACAUAAGGGAGGGUUCGGAAAUCCUCGACCUCGACGAGGAAAAUCCCAUGGGCGUCAGGCCAUCUUCACAACCCCGAAAGUCGCUGUCUGAGCUUUUUCAGCACAAAACAAACUGGAGAAAGUGGACCUGGAUUGCUUUCGACGAGAAGAACGUUCGCACAUUGAUGGAUGAUGUGAAAGUCUUGGUUGACCAGCUCCAACAGUUCCUUGAACACGAAAGGCAGGUCAAGAUGGAACAGGCAUUUGAUGUGUUCCUCAGGACCACCGUGGUCAAGACAGCCAACGAACAAGAGUUGGGUGUUAUCGGUCACGACCACAACCGCUCUUUCUCCAAGGGAGCCAUUCCUGCAGCCGCUCGCUUGAAACGACAGGGUCUCCUUCUGGGAGUCGCAGAUACAUGCACAGACAACCAUACACUCAUCCCAAAGCCGGAAUCUGGGAGACCAUCAACUUUGAGGGACUCGCACUCUUCCCUCUCCAGUCUGUCGGUCGCGUCUUUGUCUUCGUCCUCGUCAAAGUCGAUGAGGCUGAAGUCGAAGGAGCUUAUCGUUCCAUCGUCACGAAUGGAGGGCCAUCGUUACUUUGCCUGGUAUGCGCGUGAGCCUGUCCUGCUCGAAUGGAAAAGCGGUGGUGGCGGAAUCAAGCUUCCACUUCUUGAGAAUCGAGUGGACCGGGUUUCAGCAUUCUUGCACGAACUAGAUCAGUCCUUCCACAGUUUACCCUGCCGUGGCUACAUCAAAGACUGGGCUGCAAAAGACCGAUAUGCCUACGUCUUCGAUCUUCCCUUUGGUGUCGAUCCUCCGACAAUGCAGAAGAGCCCGGUCAAGAGGCAUAUGGAUCUCCCACCAUUGCCAAGUAUGCAUACAUUGCGAGACAUGCUAGAACGACCGAUGGAAAUCCCGUCGCUCAAUCUUCGGCUGUCCUACGCCAUCACGCUCUUGGAGACGUUGCUACAGAUCCAUACCGCUGACUGGCUGCACAAGGAACUUCGCUCCAACAACAUCCUAUUUAUACGUGGACCUCAAUCGGACAAUGCAUCCGAUGAGGAUAUCUUACUUUCGCCCAUCUAUGUCGCCGGCUACGUCUAUGCGAGAGUAGACAGUCCCAACGAACUCACAGAGCCUACCGAGUCCGACUUUGAGAACGAUCUCUACCGACAUCCACUGUCGAUGGGGAGCUCCAGAGUUUCGUAUCGCAAGAGCUUCGACAUCUUCAGCGUUGGUUGCGUCCUCCUUGAACUCGGGUUGUGGACAAGUCUGCCCGACAUUUUGCGCAGUGGGUCGAGAAGCCUGCGGCCUGGUGUAGGCCUGUCGGAUGCCACUUACAAGUAUCCGGAUUUCUCGUUUUCGACGUCGUCAUCCACGCUUACGCCGAGGUCAUCGUCCAACUCGAUCAAUAGACAGAGCCGUGAUAGUUUGAGGGAGAGGCAUAGUCGCGAUCUGAAGCUGCGAAAGAGCGUGCACUCUGUCGACCAAGAAAUCGGCGACGACAGCCCUGCUUUCGACCUUCUGGAACUGCGACAUCAGCUGCUCCUCUCCAACGCGAGCGGAGUACACAGUCCCGAGCCGCCCACGAUGAAACCUACCUCAUACAACGAGAUUCUGAGGGCGUUGAAGGCGGCCACAGGCAUUGGUUAUGCAAGAAUAGUAGAGAGUUUUCUGUGGGUGGUUGAAAACAUGACGGCGACUGAGAGCAAUCCAGACAUGGCGGGACACAUGGAUGAGCACGAGUACGCGCUCAAGUUGGAGAUGGAAUCUCUGGAGUCUCUCCGGGCCAUUGCAAAAGUCAUCUGA